AUGGGUCCCAGUCGUCGCAUGAAAAAGCAGGGUGUACCCGCCCCGCUCGACGAAUCUCUCGUUACCCGCAAGCGCAAGGACGCCCCCGAAGCCCAGCCUACCACCCAACAAAACGGCAAGCCCAAGAAGCGCAGGACCUCUGGCGACGCCGUCUCGGCGAAGCCGACAAAGAAAGCGAAGGAGGAUGCGAAGCCCAAGACCAAUGGCAAGGCGGCUCCCGCUGUCAAGGAGAAGGCCAAGGCCAACGGCGUGAGCAAAAAAUCCAAGAAGGCGCCCGAGCCGGAGUCUGAAGAUGAGGAUGAGGAAAUGUGGGAGGAUGAGGAUGUCACCGGGCUGGAUGAGCUCAUCAACUCGGACGAAAUGCCUUCCGACGACGAUUUCUUGGACGAGGACUCGGACGACGUCGUCGACUCGGACGAAGAUAUGCCCGGCAAGCAAGCCAUGUGGUCGGAGGAUGAGGACGACGACGAGGAUGCCGAGGAGAGGCUCACCGCUGCCAACAUCGAAGGCUUGUCGCGGAGGCUCGAUAUGCAAAAGGCGCAGGAGGAGGCCGAGGCGCAGGCGGAACUGGAGGAGGCUGCCAUGCAGACCAACAUUGCCGGCGACCGCCCCAAAAUCCUGGGCGACGCUGAGGACAGCGACGACGAAGAGGGCGGCCCGCGCGUUGCGCCUGAUCUCCAGCUCCUGCGGACUCGCAUCACCGACACCAUUCGGGUUCUGAACGAUUUCAAGAGUCUGGCCGAGCCCGGAAGGUCGAGAGCGGAGUACACGGCUCAGGUGCUCAAGGAUAUUUGUGCCUACUACGGAUACUCGCCGUACAUGGCGGACAAGCUCUGGCAUCUGUUUCCCCCGAGCGAGGCUUUCGCAUUCUUCGAAGCCAACGAGACUCCCCGUCCCGUCGUGAUUAGGACAAACACUCUUCGCUCCCACCGUCGCCAACUUGCCCAGGCCCUCAUCAACCGUGGCGUGACGCUUGAGCCAGUCGGCAAGUGGUCCAAGGUCGGUCUCCAGAUCUUCGAGUCGCAGGUUCCCAUUGGUGCCACCCCUGAGUACCUCGCCGGCCACUACAUCCUGCAAGCCGCGUCCUCCUUCCUCCCCGUCAUGGCCCUUGCGCCCCAGGAGAACGAGCGCGUUCUCGAUAUGGCCUCUGCUCCUGGUGGUAAGACAACACACAUGGCAGCGCUCAUGAAGAACACGGGUUGCAUUUUCGCCAACGAUGCGAACAAGGACCGUGCGAAGGGUCUGAUUGGUAACAUUCACCGUCUGGGGGUCAAGAACACCAUUGUCUGCCACUACGACGCCAUGGAGUUUCCCAGAGUGAUUGGUGGCUUCGACCGAGUCCUGCUCGAUGCUCCCUGCUCGGGAACUGGUGUCAUCGCCAAGGACGCUAGCGUCAAGACCAACAAGACGGAGCUGGACUUCAUGCGUCUGCCCCACUUGCAGAAGCAGCUUCUUCUCCAUGCCAUCGACAGUGUCGACCACGGCUCAAAAACCGGCGGCUACAUUGUCUACUCGACGUGCUCGGUCACGGUGGACGAGAACGAGCGUGUUGUGCAGUAUGCGCUGGAGAAGCGGCCGAACGUUAAGCUCGUGUCGACCGGCCUCACUUUCGGCAAGGAGGGCUUCGUCAGCUUCCAGGGACGUCAGUUCCACCCAAGCCUCAAGGAAACGCGCCGCUACUACCCGCACGCCUACAACGUGGACGGUUUCUUCGUUGCCAAGUUCAAGAAGAUCGGCCCGACACCGGCCAACGCUGUUAGCGCGACCAACGCUAGCACCAGGUCGUACCAGCCUAAGCAGAAGAACGAUGAGACGGAGAUUGCGGAUAAGACGCCGAUCACGACGGAUGAGAGCGGCAAGGAGACGGAAGACGAGUUUGGCGGCUGGGAUGACGAGGAGGACCAGAAGCUCAUCGAAAGGAACAUCAAGUCCCGGAUGAGGAGGAAGGGUAAGGAUCCGAAGGCGGUGUUUGGCAAAAAGGCGAAGAAGGCGGGCGAGAAGGCGGGCGAGGAGGCGUCGGAAGAGGGCGAGGAGAAGACGGAGGGGACGGCGCAGGUGAGCGAGGAGGCGAAGAAAAAGGAAGUGAAGGAAGUGAAGGAGGUCAAGUCGGGUCGGGAGAGCAAGGACAAGAGCUCAAAGGGCGACAAGGCAAGCAAAAAGGAAAGCAAGGCAGCAGCCAAAACAGGAAAGGCAGAGGCAAAACAGGCCAACGGGGAGGCCGGGGCCGGGCCGAAGGGCAAGAAAAAGGCGGGGAGGAAGUCGGUGUAG